AUGGGCAAGUUCAUGCUCCUCCUUCUGCUGGGGGCUUUUACUCUUGUGUUCUUCCAAGCUCAGGCUACAGUGUGCAUGGUCUGCAAGUCUUUCAAAAGAGGACACUGUCUGGUAGGCAAGAGCAACUGCACUACGAAAUACGGUCCUGGAUGCAGAACCAGGAAUUUCUUCAUAUUCUCAAAAACAGGAAGAUGGGUCCACAAUCACACCGAACUGGACUGUUCUAAUGCAUGUUUGGCUGAAAACAUGUAUUAUGGAAGUUUGAAGAUUUCUACCUUUUGCUGCAAAGGUGAAGAUUUCUGUAACAGAUAUAUUGGCCAAGUAGUGAAUAAGGACUUUCACUAA